AUGCUCGCGCAACGCUGCCUGAAAGCAUCUGCCUUGAAAGCCCGCACCAGUACUCAAGUCAGAUUCCCGGUGGUCAGGUUUAACCUUCGCCGCGUGUCCACCGCUCGCGAUUCUAUACCACGCUUGUUGCUAGAGAGCAACGUCAAGAACGAGAGGCGAGCCUAUACCAGCGUCAGUCCUCCAAAAUCUGCUGCAGCCAUCGAUCCCCCCUCCCAGCGUAACACUACUACACAACUCGAAGUCCACGUCAAGUGUGUCGCGCGUGCCCGUAUCCCCACACCUCAUGGCCCGGCCUUCCUCCAUCUCUACCACAACAACCGCGAUGCGAAGGAGCACUUAGCCAUAGUCAUGGAUUCUGCUCAGUUUUCUGACGGACCCAUGGUCGCUCCCGCCAUCCGCAGUGCCUCUUUGGACUCGGCGUGGGAUGAAGAGACGGCUAUGGAACGACUCAUCCGCGGUGCAUACACCGGCCGCCUUACUGAGGACGUGCGGACGCCCUCUACUCCACCGUCAGACGUCUCCAGAACAAUCACCUCUGCCAUCCCUCCUCCACUGGUGCGUAUUCACUCGGAAUGCUACACUGGCGAAACCAUUGGCAGCAUGCGCUGCGAUUGCGGCGAACAGCUCGACGAAGCCAUGCGGCAGAUUGCUCAGCCAAUUACUAUUUCGACCGCUCCAGGUGUCUCACAGACCAUCCCCGGUCGCGGUGCGGUCAUCUACCUGCGUCAGGAGGGCCGCGGAAUCGGCCUCGCGGCUAAGCUGCGCGCGUACAACCUCCAAGACAUGGGCCACGACACGCUAUCGGCGAACCUGAUGCUCGGCCAUGGUGCUGAUGAGCGCAGCUAUGAGGUCGCUGCGGCCAUCCUGGGCGACUUGGGCGUGACUGAGCCCCUCGGGAACACUGUGAACAUUAGCCAAGCAACGGGCAUUCGUCUCCUGACCAAUAAUCCGGCGAAAAUGCAAGCGAUGACCGCUGCGGGCAUUAACGUCCUCGAGCGCGUCGAGAUGGUCCCCCGCAGCUGGCAGUGCGACCACGACCACGGUCACUCCAAGCCUAGUGCACUUCACGGCGCUCGCGAGGCUGCUGCUACUAUGAUCGGCGCUGAUGCGGCGCGCGGCGCAGAUCUCGACAAGUAUAUCAAGGCGAAAGUUGAGAAGAUGGGCCAUAUGCUGUCUGUGCCUCCAAGCGCUAAAUCCAUUCAAAAGCCACUGCAGAGACAAGGGUGA